AUGUUGCUGUCUACUAUAUCUACAAGACUGGUUGUUGCUAUGACAGAAUAUUGGUGGAUUACAUUAAGGAUUAUCUUGGUUAUCCUACCUCAAAAUGGAUUUGUAUAUCCUGACGAGUUUUUUCAAAACCCAGAAGUCAUAGCUGGAGAUGUAUUUGGAUAUGAAGUUUAUACACCAUGGGAAUACAAUAACAACUCUCCAUGUCGGAACAUUCUGUUCCCACUCAUAUCAUCAGCAGUGCCAUUCAUAUUACUCAAAAUUCUAAACAUAUUUUUUAAAGAUAUCGUAACAACUUACACACUUUUAAUAUUCCCUAGAAUGUUCAUGUUGUUAGUCUCUUUUAUUUUAGAUUACUGCAUAUGCAUCUUAUUGAUGUGUUUAUCUCUGUGUCCUCAUCAGGAAGUACGUUUCAUUAUACCGACACUGACACCACUUAUUCUGCUCUACUCAAAAACAUCAACUGACAGUUCAAAAUACUUAAUAACUUUAUGGAUUUGUUGGAAUGUAGUUUGUGGUUCAAUAUUCGGAAUCGUCCAUGAGGGCGGUUUACUCAAAUCGCUUGGUUACAUCAGAGAUUUAGUAAAUGAUAGUAAUAACGUGACUUCCUACGAUUUCAUAUUUUACCAUACGUACACACCACCAAAACAUUUACUAGCUUACAACCCAUGGCUAACCAAUCGGCCAUUAAUGACGAUCCACAGUCUCCCUUCAUUAGAUGAAUCUCAUUUGCAUAAUACCGUAACUCGUUUAAUGACCCAAUGGCCACCUGGUUACCACGACAAGUUUGCAGUAUAUGUUCUUAGUCCAUCACCUUUGCAGUAUAUAUUCGAUGAAGAUCACGAUGAGUACAAAUAUCAAAUCAGGGAACAGUUUUAUCCUCAUUUUUCUGUGCAAGACCCUCCAGAUUUUCAUGUCACUGAAAAUGGGAUAUUUGACUUUUUAUCACAAUUUAGUUUAAUUCUGUACAAAGUUGAACUGGAUCAUACCCUUGUGACUUAA